ACUCACUCUAAUUCUCUUUCCGUUGCUCGUUUCGCUGUCGCUGCUGCUACUGCUGCUGCUGCUGUUGUUGUUCUGCCACUCUUUUCAGAACAACACAACCCGUCAUUCGUUUAAAUCUCGUUCCGUCGCUCUCAGUCCACUCUUUCCACUCAUCCCCCGAGGAAGAGUCACUCAUUUACCCCCCACCCCCACACAAUGAACCACCAAUUCUUCGCCACCAUCGUAGCUCUCUGCGUGUAUGCGCACUGGGCCCUCGCUGCCCUAACCGCCAGCCAAAUCGCCAAUUCGCUGAACGAACUCGCGCAGGAAGGAUUCGCAGCCAAGGAUCUGGUCUUGGAAAUUAAUUCCACCGCGGACGCUUCGCCCAUUCGGGAUGUCUACGCCGAAAUGGACACCAUCGUCAUUGAGGUCCUCCAGAAUGUCAACUUCAUGACCAAUACCCCCGUCAUCACCGAUCAGGCUGAGCAGCAGUCCGUUUACGAGGGUUACUCCAACUUCGUCCAAUCCCUCCUCGAACUCAUGGAUGCCUUCUCGUCCACCGCCGCCCGCUUGAAAUCCCUCGACGCGACUACAAAGACUGAAGUCCCGGGGGAGGUUCGCACGCUGGAAAGUGCGGUUGACGCUUACUUCUACAACAUCAUUGGCCUCUUCCCCGCAAACAGCUCGUACAACACCCAGGCCAACAACCAGAAGGCGCAGGUGGAUACCCAUUGCUUCCAGGCGAUCUGGGCGUUUGAUUCUAGUGCGGCAGCUCAGAGCUCUAUUGUUUUGCGCAGGGAAGGUGCGCUUGGUUUGCGCCGUGGGGUCCGCCGGUCUGUCUGAGCUGAGUCUGAAUUGCUUGGGGACAGCGUAUAGCGGGUCGGAGGUUGUGGGGCAGGGUUGUAGGGCCCAUGCUUCACUUUGAGUCCGAUGAUCUUGGUUGGACCUUCACUGUAUAGUCCUUUUUUGCUUCAUUAUAUUUGGA